AUGGGACUUUGUCAAACACUAUCUACCACUAGAGAUGGACAAGAAACAUCAACGGCAAUGAGGAUAUGUUCAGUGGCUUAUAAUAAUAAUGAUGGAAAUAAUAAUGGAAUAGUAAGUGACGUUUAA